GUAACAGUAACAUUAAUACUUAAAAAGCUGAAAAGAAACAAGAUCCACUUCGAACCCCUCUCCACAAUCCACCCUCACUCUCCCUCAAUCCUCUCCGUUAUCCACAUUUCCAAAUUUCCAAAGUAAACCUUCAUUUUCUCCCUCACCCAGAAAUCAAGAUUCUUCAUUACAGAGGAGGAGAGUGAGAAAAAAACAAACACACAUCUCAUAAAAAUCUCAUCUUUCUAUGUUUACACUUGUCUUUUUCCCACCCCAUAUCUUCACAUACACUCUCUUGUCUGAUUCUAGCCUUGUUUUAGAUUCUUUUGUCAAUCUUUAAGUUCCCAUAAAGGUGAGAUAUUUUUUUGUUUUUUUCUUGAUGACAGUAAUAUUAGAGCUAAUUCAUAUACUCCAAGCUAUCCACCAAGUUAGAGCAAUCAUAAAGUUGAGAUCUUGACCCAGAUAAUUGGUUGAAUAUCCAAAAUUUGGUAAGGAAAAUGAGGGAAGAGGAUUCAAAUUGGUUUGCUAAAUGGGAAGAAGAAUUGCCAAAACCAGAAGAGUUAAUGCCUUUAUCCCAAACCCUUAUAUCUCCUGAUCUUGCUAUAGCUUUUGAUAUUGCUAACCCCACUAGCCCAAAUAAUCCUCCAAACAAACAACAGCAGCAGCAGACUCAGAUUCCUCAAUCCUCUCAACAGCAGCCUAAUUCAUCAGCUGAAUUUGAGUCUUCUGAAUUGAAUGGAUUAGGAGGUGGUGGAGAUGAACCAGCUAGGACAAUAAAAAGGCCUAGGCUUGUGUGGACCCCACAGCUGCACAAGAGGUUUGUGGAUGCAGUUGCUCAUUUGGGGAUCAAGAAUGCUGUCCCAAAGACUAUAAUGCAACUGAUGAGUGUCGAUGGCCUAACGCGCGAAAAUGUUGCUAGUCAUUUGCAAAAAUACAGGCUUUAUUUGAAAAGAAUGCAAGGUCUUUCUAAUGGUGGUAGUGGUGGAAACAGUGGUCAAUCUUUAUCAGGGGCAGGUGUUGAUUCUGCAAUGGACAAUUUGUUUGCUAGUUCACCAGUGCCAGCACAUUUUUUGCAUCCGGCCGGGAGGGGUAAUCCUGACCAGUUCUUGCCAUUUGUGCCAGUGUCAUCAAUGCAGCAUCAUAACCAUCAUAUGGGAGUGGUUGUUGGACACCAUCAUCCUCAAGUUCAACAGCAGUAUAGGCAAUUUGGGUCACCAGCGAAUGGACAUUUUGAUCAUCAUCCAUUUUUGUCUAGGCAAUCACAGCAGCAGGUUCAGAGGAUGGGGACAUCAGUGCAUAAUGGUAGUCCUGUGGUGUCACCUUAUGUUGAUGAUGUGGAUUCUUCAGCCGUGCCCGUCAAUGGGAGAAAGGUCCUUACUCUGUUCCCAACAGGGGAUGAUUGAUAUCAGGGGUCCGAGGAAGGGCGCCAUCCCGAGGGGGUGUGUAGGCACCUUGGCUGAUUCCGUGGCUUAAAUCCGUGACCUACAGGUCAUACACGAAGACAACUUUGUUAUUGCUCCAAGGCUCCCCUUCAGUCUAGUCUAUUGAAUGACUCCAACAAAAGGGCAGCCGGUGCACUAUAAGCUCCCACUAUGCGCGGGGUCCAGGGAAGGGCCGCUAUGCGCGGGGUCCAGGGAAGGGCCGGACCACAAGGGUCUAUUGUACGCAGCCUUACCCUGCAUUUCUGCAAGAGGCUGUUUCCAUCGCUCGAACACGUGGCCUCCUAGUCACAUGGCAGUAACUUUACCGGUUACGCCAAGAUAGAUAGAUUCUUCUGCUUCAGUUGCUAGUACCUCAAAGAAUUAUGUAAAUGUUACUGGUUAGAUAUUAACACAAUGAUGUAUGACUUUUUUGUUUCUUUUCCUCUCAAAACAUACUGGCUUGCCCUUGUGGCUAAUAUU